CAGGCGCGCCGCUGCAGUCCCUGCACUCGGCGCUGGCGGUCUCCGGGGCGGGAGGCGAUCGACCGCCGAGGCUGGGCGACCUGUGCCCCUCGUGCCCGGCCCUCGGCGCGGCCCCGAGCGGCCACUACGUCGCGGCCGUCGACGCGGCCACGGGCGACGCCGCCGAGAUGGCCCGGCAGCUUUGCGGCGGCGGCGGCAGCUCCGUGCUGCUCGACGUGCGUAGCGCGUGGCUCAGCGAGGGCGCCCACAUCAGGCUGGAGGACCUCAAGGUUGGCUACGGGGACAUUCCGCGCGACGUCCUGAGGGGCAUCACCCUGGACAUCCCGCCCAGGUCCAAGGUCGCCAUCGUCGGGGCAACGGGCUCCGGGAAG